AUUAGAGAGUCUGUUUCCUAGAAGAAAAAAAUGGGCCUUUCAGCUUGAUUGAUCAAUCAGUCAGAUGUGUUACAAUUGUAAUGAAGAGGGGGCUAGCUGGGAGGAUCCAUUUCAUGUAUUCUAUAACAGCCUAAAAUCCAGCUGGGGAAAAAAGCAGUUGGUAAACAUACAGUGUAUGCAUGUUUAUGAAUAAUUAUUGGAGUUUAACCACAGUAAUCUUGCGAAUUUGCCAACAGACUCCAGUCGUCACAGGCUUGGAACAGAGCUAUUUAUUGACUAGGCUUAUUUUUGGUCGUUAGAAAUGUCCAAGAAACACGGGAAUGAUUUGCACGAAUUGGUUCUUUUAACGGUUUUUCUAGCAUCAACGAACGUCCUAAUAGUAGGAGGACAGGAACAAGCAUUUUUACAGAUUACUUCGUGUAUACCAAACGAUGCACACGGCACUCGACGCGACGUCUGGACUGGACUGUCCCAAGGAACAUUAGCCGCACUCGAAGCUGACCCUCGUUACCCUAACAACGCGAGUACGUCAGAAUUUGUACAGUCGUUGGAGGCUCCCAGAGGUCGUGGUAAUAUGUAUGGACAGAAGCUAAGUGCUUUCUUCAUCCCACCAGAAACAGGAAACUACGAGCUCCACAUGGCAUGUGAUGAUCAGUGUGAGCUAAUGGUCAGYAGUGAUGAAGAUCCAAGCCAUGCUUACUCAGUACUGAAAAUUACGCAGUGGACUCCGUACAGAAAUUGGAAUUUCACAUGGGGCGAAGACCGCCGGAAUGCCGAAUGGCCUAACAAGACUCGUAGACCAUUCGAGAGGUCUUAUUUGUUUAGAGCAUACGGUGUGACUACCCCAGGGGAGUGGGGAGCAUACGGUGUGACUACCCCAGGGGAGUGGGGUCAGUGGUCGUCGUGUAGUGUAACAUGUGGUGGAGGAUUACAAGUAAGGAAUCGCACAUGUCUGGUUCCGCUGCCUAUUUUUUCACAAAUGGACUUGACGGGCAAAGAAACAACGGAAACCAGGAAAUGUAUACCUUUCUACUCUUGUCCAGCACCACCCGCACAAGUCCAUGCCGAAACCGUCGAUUCAACAUCCAUUCAAGUAUCGUGGUCUCCCUUUAUACUCAAUUCGUCUUCAAUGGAACUAGUAGGCUAUGAAAUAAACUUUCAACGUUUGUUUAUGUUUCCUCGUAUGUCUACAAGGAGAACAAGAAGAGCUGCCAACCAAGUCGCUACAAACCAAAUCGCAUUCAAUCACGUGAUUCAUAAAGCAUCAGAUACAGGUCACGUGAUGAUACCUCCUAGUUACCAAUCUGCUGUAUUGAGUGGUCUGUUUUCUUAUUCUACGUAUUGUAUACGAAUUGCUACAGUUUCAAAUAUUUGGAAAAGUGAGCCGAGCGCAUGCGUAAACGUAACUACUGCAGAAGAUGUUCCAAGCUCAGCGCCGUUAAACGUAACAACGAAAAACCUGACAAGUGUCCAUAAAGUUGAAGUCACGUGGACGACUGUUCCGUCGGGAAAACACAACGGAAUAGUACUUGGGUACCACAUCAGAGUUCGCCCGCUGACCAUCGCUAAUGCGAAGCCCAAAGACGCAAGCGAAAAGGUUUUUACGGUGUUGAUACCACUUGUUACGACAGUGCUGACAGGACUGGAAUCGUUUACUGUCUACAGUAUCCAGAUAGCCGCCUUCACGGCGAUAGGAGAUGGACCUUACAGUCCACCAGUCAUUGCUGAAACCUGCCGCUGUCCAAAACGAAUGUACGCCAAUUGGUGGAUUCUUCCUCCUCUAACGACUAGGUCAGGAGGCGUGUCUCGCGGUAUAUUCCCAACAUUGCUAUCCAAUAUGAUCAAAUACGCAUGCGCGCUGUGCAAAGGCCAUAGACAAACUGUACUAGAGUUGGAUAAAACAAAUCCUAAAGAAAAGAAUCACUCAUUUGCCCUGAAAGAAAACCAACUUCAGGUCAGAAAAGCCAUCAAACGUACAGUUCAUGUUAGUUAUCCGCUGAGUGUAGAGAAGACAGAACAGUUGUCUGGUGAGGGUUUUCAGUUCGUACCUGUGAUCGAGGUGUCCUCAGCUGUCGUAUAUAUCAAGAAGAAAUUAUCUUAUGAAGUAUAUGCCAAGAUGCUUGGCUCAUCUCUGUUCAGCUGCUGGCCAAUGACCGUCUUGGUUUUCGUACUCUCCUUACUUGCUGGCACCAUACUGUGUAUUCUGGAGACGAUAUCUUACCCGCAACAGGUCAUGGGCAAUUCAUCGUUCUUGAGAGCAAUAUACGAAUAUUCUUGGUGUGCAUUCAUAUCAAUGACCAGCGUCGGGUAUGGAGAUCGCUUCGCUCGGUCCAAUCAGGGACGAAUAUUCACCAUGCUUUGGUUCAUCGUUGGUUACGUCGUCACAAGUAUAUUCGUCGCUACACUUGCAUCUUCGCUUAACGUUAAAGUUGUUGUUACAACGAAAAGUCCCUCACAGGGAGGAAAGGCCCCAAGCGAAACUCUAUUAACCAAAGUAAAAGAAAAGCAAAUAAAUUUUUUCGAUCCAAGAAACACGUUGUACGCCAUGUCUGUGUACUUCUCGUCAGGGWUUCUGAUUGGAUCCAUCUUAAGUGGAAUUUUCUAUUAUUAUAUUUGCAAUCGAAAAAGACCAAUAAAGCGAACAGAGGAAGUUCCAGUUCAGUUAACCCCGGAUCUCCAUUCCGAAUACGCUUUAAUGCGUUUAAUCAAGUACAAAGCAGAAUUACGCGAAUUUUUGGAAACAUUUCAUCAAAGAUGUCUGUCAAUUUCCCACAAACUGAAAUCAAAACACAAAGAAGAAAGAAGAUUGUUGCUAUGUGAAUUACGUCAUUCCAGGAACUCACGUGAAUAUCGUCUAGUACCUACGAUGAUACAGCAUCACCGAGAAUUCAAAGAAAAUGGCUACAGAGAAACAGUGUUAUAGACAUGUAUACAGCUAUUUAGAGAAAGGUUGGUCAGUAAAUGGUGGUUUGCUUUGUAGGCCCAAACUGCAAAUUUCACGACAAUAUGCACUUUUAUCAAACUUUAUCUGCAUGUUUAUUCCGGUUUCUGAUAUCACAUAUUUCCAUAUCAUUCAAAUGAUCCUUAAUUAUUAGGUAGCCAGCCAACCGCAUGCUUAGAAUUAGGCCACUUCAGGUGUCCUAUGGAUUAUACCAGAGCCCUCGUUCUUCACCGCAAGCCAAAAAAAACGCAGGCUCUGUGUACGAGAUUGUUUGCAACAAUAUUACUAUAAUGGCAGAGUGAGUAUGAAUGUGGUCUUUCAAGGGUUAGCAAAAACGAUACUACAGAGAGUUUAAGCAUUUCGUUUACGGCUAAAAUGAAUAUUCUGCACUGAAGUCGAGUCUAGCCCUGAGCAGCAAGAGAACUCGAAACUGGAGUAUUUAGUACAAAGUAUGGUUUUGGUGGAAUGUUUCAACCGAUGCUGAAGAGACUGAGUUGCCAAAAUUCAAUAAAAAAUAACACAUUGGUGUUUAUUAUUAAUGA